AUGUCGGGUGGAAACGAAGAGGAUCAGUUGGCCCAGUGCCAGGCCUACGUUCAAAGGCACAACAUCCAGCAGCUGGUUAAGGAGGCAAUCGGUACGCGUUUUGAGAGCUUUAUGAAAAUCGUUUAAAAUCUGACAUUUUCAGUUGUUCUUUGCAUCCACAAACCCGACAAUCCGGUUCUUUUCCUGAAGGACCAUUUCGAAAAACUCAACGAACAACGAUCACAGGUGAGUUCUGGGAUUUGAAGGGCUUCCUAGAACCAGUUCAGUCAGUCUUCCGUAUCGAUAUCGACGAGUUUCAUAGAUCUACCGUAGCCCAGGGGUUUGUGAUAUCUGUCCUGAUUUGAUAACACCCCCACUCAAACGCCGGGAUGCGUCUCCAAGUACUGUAGAGUUCAAUCAGUUCCUCGAGGUUGAUCAUGAACCGAGAAGAUCUCAGAAAUCAAAAACGUCGCAGUGAUUGAUGGUGACACGUCUGUGAAGUAUGUAUGUACAGAUCAAAAAAACGUCUGAAAAACACAUUGAUUUGUUCCGCGAACAUGAUGACGUCACAUAACAAUUGAUACACUUUCAGACCAGGAAGUUCAGAACCCUGUUGGAAAGGGUGGAAAAGACUCUAUUGCAGUUUACUUGGCCGGAAAAUACGUUUUUAUUGUCUUUGAAGUAUUUCUUAUCAGAAACCUCCACGCAUGGUGCUUGAAAUUAGGCAAUAAGAUGGAAUAUAAGCGCAUUAUGGAAUCUAGAAUCAAGAAUCUAGAACAAUUUUGAGUAUUAAACGCACAAAAUGUCUCAACAAUUGUUUCGAUAUUGUCGUGUUUUUUGCUCUCGAGUCUUCAAUUCUGAAAGAAUGCAAUAGUGUAUGCAUGACUAUGCGUUGACAUAUUCUCAUUUCCAUUCCGCUCUCCUUCCCUCUCAUUGUGCCGGAUCUCACGAUGCCAAAAUUUUUAUUUUACACAAAAAUAUACAUAUACUUUUCUGGAAAUCAAACAUCUGCGCGUGUGUAAGCCAUUUUUCGCUUCACUUCUUCUGUGCCAUUUUCAACGGAAAACCGGACGUCACAUGUCUCCAAGAAGUUGACAAAACUAAAAAUUCAGUCAGCUUCAGCUUCUGACAAUGAGAAGUGAGCCAAUGAAAAAAACGGGGUUGGUUGGGAAGGGUUUAUGUAAAUUCACUCCUUCUACUAUUUCUUUUCUCGCUCUAUUUUCCCAGUAGAUUCAGCUUCAGCUUCAGCUUCAGCCAUUGCUUCCCAAUCGAUGUGGAUGAAAAGAGUCUCCUUCUUCUCUUUUUUCUGUCUUUCGAAAACGCAGUGUGUCUUUUUUUUGGGCGAGGGUCCUCCGAAGAAGGAGUAGUUGGGAGGGAUGCCGCAGAGCGGAUAAGGCAGCCGAAAGAGGAAGGGAGAGAAGGCAGAGAAUGGGCCCGUUGAGACGAGUCCCAAUGAGCCUCCAGAGCUGUCCAUUGAGCAACGAGAGCGCGCAGCCAUCGGCUCAGCUCGCAGCACACGAGCGGGUCCCUGUGUCGCAGUGAAGUGGAGAGUAACAAAGAGUGAAGGAAGGCCCCGAGGCAGAUUUCUUUGCGUCGAUCUUCUUCUUUUCCUUCUUCUUCUUCAGCUCUUCCUCGCAAUUUCCUCCCCAUUCGGUGUUGCUUCUUCUUUUUUAUGCUCUGCUCCUCCGCCACAAUUUGAUUUUCCAUCAGUCUAAAACUGUUGUACUUCCUCCCUAUUUGAGAGAUCGGAAGCAGGGCGGGGGGUUGAAGAAUUCACGAGAAAACAAGAAUUCAGUGAUUUAUGUUUGAGGGGUCAGGUGAAACACGAAACAAUGACGGUGCUACACAAUCAAACAUCAACCACUUCUGUUUUUGAAAGAUUCAGCCAGAGUAACUGAUUUUCAGAAGUCAGAAAACCAGUCAAGGUUGUUUUUUUGUUCUAAUUAGGCAGACGGUCCAAGUGGAAUAGGAUUAAUUUUUGAAAUUAACAACCCGCCCUCGUUUUUGAUGCAUAAGGCUCUCUUCAUUUAUAAAAUGUAUUCAAUUGGAUCAAUUUCCCACUUGAUCUUCUUUUUUCCUCUCAAAUUUCCAUUCACGCAAUGCUACAUACUUGUUUCACGUUUCUCUUCGUCCGUUUUUAUUCACUCGCCUUCCUUCUCCUCUUCGAAUAUAUUCUAUAAUCGAAUAAAAUGUGCCCUGAAGGCCGGAGUUUUAUGACCACUGGAGAGACGAAAGAGAAGCGGAGGAAUGAUCGGAAAGCGAGAAAGAAGAAGAGAGAGAGAGAAAGAGUGAAGAGUCAAGCUUCUAUUCCGUCAUCGGCCGUGAUGCGGAGGGUAAUAAUUUUGGUUGAAUCGAUUUGUUUCUUCAUACUUCCUACCUAGACCCAAUUCUAGGAUUUUGUUGUCUGCAAUUCUGGAAUCAGCUGAAAGAUCAGAUUCCUCUUCGAAAAUCACAAGCGCUUUCUGCGUCAUCAACGCGAGAUUGUACUGUCCUCAAAGUGGAAAUUCUAUCAUGCCAGACAUACAACACAUUCUCCGGCGCCCUUUUUUCCCCUUCUUCCUUCUCCCUUCCUUCUUAAAUUUCGUUACAUUUCGUCGUGUUGUGUGUGGUUUUGACCAAAAACCUCACGUCUCCAUGUUUUCGGAAGUCAAAUUCGUUGUCGUCACUGCUACAAAACACGGCAGAAAUGCUCUUUCUGAAAUUGACAUUCUCUUUCUCCCUCUCUCCCUUCUUCUCUGACGACAUGAUGACUUUGUUGCAAGUAGGAAAACAUUCGCACGGCUUCAAUUAAGUCUUGUGUAGGAACCCGGUCCGAUUUGUUUUGUUUUCUUUGCCUCUUCACGUACUUAUUUUAAGUUGCAGUCUGUCGUCAUUAUUUCUCUGCAAACGCACUCUUCAUUCCCUCCUUUCCAUUUCAAUUCCAACAUCUUUCCCUUUUUUCUCAUUAGCUGAUUUCUAUUACACCUGUCCAGUUUCUAACUCCGUCUCGUACUCUUGUGCCGAUUAUUGAUUGGGUUCACUCGCAGAGCCACUGAGGAAUGUGAUGGGGCAGCAGCUGAGCAAUCGUCGAAACUCGCAAGCUGUGGGCGCCGCGAAAAACGCAAAGGCUCCCAAAACCAAGGUGAUCAAAUCAAAUCAAUUUGUCUAUUCUGGGCGUCACUGAGAGGAAGAUCUUGAAUCAAGAAUCCCAAGGGGACCAAGUUUUUUACAUUUUGAAAAGUCAAUUUAUGACGUUUCUAAGUUUUUGAAGGGUGACAACGCGCACUUUCUAAGUCUCGGAAACUCGAGAAGCUUCCUACUUUUUUUUUGUCAUUUCCCUUGUUUGUGUGACCAAUGUCUCAUUUGGUCGCAAUAAUACACGCUAGGGUGGUAAUUGACCGGAAGUAACAGAUGAUGGAAGUAGGUGGCGGACAAAACACAAACUGCUCCUCAGCGCCAACUGACCACAAAAAAGAGGGAAAAAUUGGAAGACAAUAAGAUGUCUGCCAAAAUGUUGGGGAUCCAGCGAUUGAUGAAGGAUGAGCUUGCGGCCAGGCCAGGCCAGGCAUAAGUGAGGAAAAAAGUGGAAGGGUGAAAUGCUGGAAGUUUGAUGGAGUGAGAAACGGAGAGGCAACACAGCACCCGAUCGCGAGAGUGACUCGUACGCUUUGAAGCACAUUAGACGGCGGAUAGCAAACCGGGGGCUCUCUCGACGAUAGAUUGGCUCCGUAUACCCGCCACUUAAUAUUUCUCGCUUUUCUUUCUUCCACACAAAGCGCACAUUUUACUUCGUUUCUACGCCCUUUUCUAAAAAAAAUAAAAUGAGAAAGGUGAGCGUCUAAAUGGUGACUGUUUGCACACAAACCCAUGUUCUAAAAUGUAUUUUCACGGCAAACAAGCCCAGCGGCUAUUUGUUUUUGUUCCUUUAGGCGUGCCGAGCGAACCCACUGAAAACACUCUUGAACUCGACUCAACGCAAUUCCCCUUUGGACACAAACUGUUUUGCUGAGUGAAAAUCAAUAUAUAUAUAUAUACAUAGACUAGUAAUUCACAUUACCCGGUGGCCCACUUAAUUCGAUUUCAAGGUUAACGUUUUGACACAAAACGGAGGGCCGGGAGAAGAAGAAUAAUUGACUGAACUGGUUCUGGUUUUCAUUCUGACUUGCUGACUCUAUUCAGAGAUGGUUGGUUGCUUAGCAUGCUUUCUUCGCCGAUUUUCCUUUCAUCAUAAUUGUUUCAGGAAGGAGGACAUGCGGACGCCGCUGAUGAUGAUGACAUCAUCGUGGAGCCACCGAAGAGAUCUGGUGGCCGCAGAACCGGAAUCUCGGCCGAGCCAAUCAAGGAAGACGACACAGAGUACAAGAAGGUCGUGAUCCCGAAGGACGAUGCCACCCGGAGGUCGCUCGAGGCGGCGAUGAGAAAGAACUUGCUCUUCGCUCAUUUGGAGGUUAGUGACUCGUCCUAAUGCACUUCCGGUUCACCGCGGCCUUUCAUUAUAGGAGGAUGAGCAGAAGACCAUGUACGAUGCCAUGUUCCCGGUUGAGAAGUCCGCCACGGAAACCAUCAUUGAGCAGGGCGAGGAGGGAGACAACUUCUACGUCAUUGACAAGGGAGUAAGUUCACUUUUCAGAGCACCGUAUUUUCAUCUCACUUUUUCCCUCAGACCGUUGACGUCUUCGUCAACCAGGAGUUCGUUCUCACCAUCAACGAGGGUGGUUCGUUCGGAGAGCUCGCUCUCAUCUACGGAACUCCACGUGCCGCCACCGUUGUCGCUAAGGUACGGAUUACAGUCACUCAUGAAUGUUGUGUAGCAUCGUUAUUUCAGACCGACGUCAAGUUGUGGGCCAUCGACCGUCUCACCUAUCGUAGAAUCCUUAUGGGAUCGGUGACCAAGAAGAGAAAGAUGUACGACGAGUUCCUGUCGAAGGUCCAAAUCUUGGGUGAGAUCAAAAACACGCGGCGGCAACAAAGAACUUAUCAAUCAUCUUUCAGCCGACCUCGACCAAUGGGAACGUGCCAAUGUGGCCGAUGCUCUCGAGAGAUGCGACUUCGAGCCGGGAACUCAUGUUGUCGAGCAAGGACAGCCGGGAGAUGAGUUCUUCAUCAUUCUCGAGGGAGAAGCCAAUGUGCUCCAGAAGAGAAGCGACGACGCUCCAUUUGACGUUGUCGGACAUCUCGGAAUGUCGGACUACUUCGGUGAGUAAACAUCAAAUUAGAGUUUAACAAGGGAAAAUGCCUGUUCAGGAGAGAUCGCUCUUCUUCUUGACCGCCCACGUGCGGCCACCGUCGUCGCUAAGACGCACCUCAAGUGCAUCAAGCUGGACCGUAACCGUUUCGAGCGUGUCAUGGGCCCGGUCCGUGAAAUCCUCAAGAGAGACGUGUCGAACUACAACUCCUACGUCAAGCUCAUGACCUAA